CGGCGACCCAGCGGCCACGGUCGGAGCCGGGAGGCCGCGCCACCUGCGGGCCGGCCGGAGCGGGCAGCCCCAGGCCCCCUCCCCGGGCACCCGCGUUCAUGCAACGCCUGGUGGCCUGGGACCCAGCAUGUCUGCCCCUGCCGCCGCCGCCCGCCUUUAAAUCCAUGGAAGUGGCCAACUUCUACUACGAGGCGGACUGCUUGGCUGCUGCGUACGGCGGCAAGGCGGCCCCCGCGGCGCCCCCCGCGGCCAGACCCGGGCCGCGCCCCCCCGCCGGCGAGCUGGGCAGCAUCGGCGACCACGAGCGCGCCAUCGACUUCAGCCCGUACCUGGAGCCGCUGGGCGCGCCGCAGGCCCCGGCGCCGGCCACAGCCACGGACACCUUCGAGGCGGCCCCGCCCGCGCCCGCCCCCGCGCCCGCCUCCUCCGGGCAGCACCACGACUUCCUCUCCGACCUCUUCUCCGACGACUACGGAGGCAAGAACUGCAAGAAGGCGUCCGAGUACGGCUACGUGAGCCUGGGGCGCCUGGGGGCCGCCAAGGGCGCGCUGCACCCCGGCUGCUUCGCGCCCCUGCACCCGCCGCCCCCGCCGCCGCCGCCGCAGCCCGCCGAGCUCAAGGCGGAGCCGGGCUUCGAGCCCGCGGACUGCAAGCGGAAGGAGGAGGCCGGGGCGCCGGGCGGCGGCGCCGCAGGCAUGGCGGCUGGCUUCCCGUACGCGCUGCGCGCCUACCUCGGCUACCAGGCGGUGCCGAGCGGCAGCAGCGGGAGCCUGUCCACGUCCUCGUCGUCCAGCCCGCCCGGCACGCCGAGCCCCGCCGACGCCAAGGCGCCCCCGGCCGCCUGCUACGCGGGGGCGGCGCCGGCGCCCUCGCAGGUCAAGAGCAAGGCCAAGAAGACGGUGGACAAGCACAGCGACGAGUACAAGAUCCGGCGCGAGCGCAACAACAUCGCGGUGCGCAAGAGCCGCGACAAGGCCAAGAUGCGCAACCUGGAGACGCAGCACAAGGUCCUGGAGCUCACGGCCGAGAACGAGCGGCUGCAGAAGAAGGUGGAGCAGCUGUCGCGCGAGCUCAGCACCCUGCGGAACUUGUUCAAGCAGCUGCCCGAGCCCCUGCUCGCCUCCUCCGGCCACUGCUAGCGCGGCCCCCGCGCGCGGCCCCCCGCCGGCCGGCCGGCCGCCCGCUCGCUCCGCCCGCGCGCCCGCCCGCCCGCGCGCCCGCCCGCCUGCCCGCGCGCUGCCGGCCGCGCCGCGGGGACCCGCGCCCCCGCCCCCGCCCCCGCCCCCGCCCCCGGGGCGCCGGCGAAACUUUGGCACCGGGGCGCUUGGCGGCGCGGGGAGCUCGUCGGUAAUUUUAAUAUUUUAUUAUAUAUAUAUAUAUAUCUAUAUUUUUGUCCAAACCAACCGCACAUGCAGACGGGGCGCCCGCCCGUGGUGUUAUUUAAAGAAGACGUGUCUAUGUGCACAGAUGAGUGACAGGCUCGCUGCCUCCCCUGCCUCCUCUCCGGGCGCCGGCGGGCGGGCCGGUUCCGAAGUUGAUGCAAUCGGCUCGAACAUGGCUGAACGCGAGUGUACACGGGACUGACGCAACCCACGUGUAACUGUCAGCCGGGCCCUGAGUAAUCGCUUAAAGAUGUUCCUACGGGCUUGUUGCUGUUGAUGCGUUGUUGUUGUUGUUGUUGUUGAUGUCGUUGAUGUUGUUGUUUUUUGGUCCUUUUUUUUUUUUUGUAUUAUAAAAAAAAUAAUCUAUUUCUAUGAGAAAAGAGGCGUCUGUAUAUUUGGGGAUCUUUUCCGUUUCAAGCAUUAAGAACACUUUUAAUAAACUUUUUUUUUUUUUUUUU